CACUCACACACCACUUUCGCCGCCGACUCUACCUGCACACCCUCAAGACACACCUUCACCAGCCUCUCGUCGGAAACAAGACCACUCAACCCACCCGCCCAAAUGGAGGGCAUCAAACACACCUUCGCGCAAGCGAAGAAGGAAAACCGCACGCCCCUCGUCGCCUAUGUCACCGCAGGCUACCCCAGCAUCGCCGCCUCCGCCGACAUCCUCGUAGGCCUCGAAGCAGGCGGCGCAGACAUCAUCGAGCUCGGCCUGCCCUUCACCGACCCCAUCGCUGACGGCCCUACCAUCCAAGCCGCCAACACCAUCUCUCUCGCCAACGGCACCACCACAAAGAGCUGUCUCAAGAUUGUGCGCGAUGCGCGGAGCAAGGGUCUACAAGCGCCUGUGCUGCUGAUGGGAUACUACAACCCACUUCUUGCAUAUGGUGAGGCGAGGAUGAUGCAGGAUGCGAAGGCGGCGGGCGUAAAUGGCUUCAUCAUGGUCGAUUUGCCCCCCGAGGAGGCGGUGCGCUUUCGCCGGCAUUGCACCGAACACGGCCUGUCGUAUGUGCCACUCAUUGCCCCUGCCACCAGCGAGAAGCGCAUGAAGGUGCUGUGCAGUAUUGCCGACAGUUUCAUCUAUGUCGUGAGCAGAAUGGGCGUUACGGGUGCGACGGGUGUGCUCAGCUCUGGUCUUCCUGACCUCUUGGACCGCGUGCACAAGUACUCUGGAGGCAUCCCGGCAGCAGUAGGAUUUGGUGUCAGCACGCGCGAACAUUUCCUGGAGGUCGCCAAGGUUGCAGAGGGCGUGGUCAUCGGCUCCCAGAUUGUGACGACGCUCAAGAACGCACCAGAAGGGCAGGGACCAAAGGCGGUGGAAGAGUACUGCUACUCAAUCACACAACGACGGAAGUCACGAUCGGUUCCGACAACGAACGGCGAAAGCGACCCAUCAAAUGGGACAGUACAUGUGGAUGGCGUUGUGACGCAUCAAGAUGGGAAAGGCUUAGCAGAUCAACUAGAGGCAUUAAACAGCGAAGGCGAGACGGAUCCCGAGCUCAUUCCUUCACGUUUCGGUCAGUUUGGUGGACAAUACGUUCCGGAAUCGCUCAUGGACUGUCUGGCACAACUGGAGAAGGGCUUCAACGACGCGCAAAACGACCCGGAGUUCUGGAAGGAAUUCCGAUCAUACUACCAGUACAUGGGCCGACCUUCAUCGCUGCAUAAAGCUUCGCGACUGACCGACCACAUGCGGAAAGACUGCAAACCCGGCUACGGAGCGAACCUUUACCUCAAACGAGAAGAUCUCAACCACACCGGCUCCCACAAGAUCAAUAACGCAAUGGGACAGGCGCUCAUUGCAAGACGACUAGGCAAGACAGAAAUCAUCGCCGAAACGGGCGCAGGGCAGCACGGUGUCGCAACCGCCACAGUCUGCGCCUUCUUCGGCAUGAAAUGCACCGUCUACAUGGGCGCCGAAGACGUACGGCGACAAGCGCUCAACGUCUUCCGCAUGAAGCUGCUCGGCGCCUCCGUCGUCGCCGUCGACGCCGGCAGCAAAACCCUCCGCGACGCCGUCAACGAAGCCAUGCGCUCCUGGGUCGCGCACCUCGACACCACGCACUACAUCAUCGGCUCCGCCAUCGGGCCCCAUCCCUUCCCCACCAUGGUCCGCACCUUCCAAUCCGUCAUCGGCACCGAAACCAAGCAGCAAAUGCAAGACAUCACCGGCCGCCUCCCCGACGCCGUCGUCGCCUGCGUAGGCGGCGGCAGCAACGCAGUCGGCAUGUUCCACCCCUUCAGCACCGACCCGAGCGUCAGACUGCUCGGCGUCGAAGCAGCAGGCGAAGGCAUCGAGACAGGCAAGCACUCCGCCACCUUGUCUGGCGGCAAACCGGGCGUGCUCCACGGCGUGCGCACCUACAUCCUGCAAUCCGAAGACGGCCAAAUCACCGACACCCACUCCGUCUCCGCCGGGCUGGACUACCCCGGCGUCGGCCCCGAGCUGAGCGGCUGGAAGGACAGCGAGCGCGCAAAGUUCGUCGCCGCCACGGACGCCGAGGCGUUUAUUGGCUUCCGCGUGCUGGCGCAGACGGAGGGCAUUAUCCCUGCGUUGGAGUCGGCGCAUGGCAUUUUCGGCGCGAUGGAGCUGGCCAAGACGAUGAAGGAGGAGGAGAAUAUCGUCAUCUGUCUUUCUGGGCGCGGUGAUAAGGAUGUGCAGAGUGUGGCGGAGGAGUUGCCCAAGAUUGGGCCCAAGAUUGGGUGGGAUUUGAGGUUCUAG